UCUAAAUGGAGCAGACAAGUGAAAGAAAAAUUUAAAACAACUCCAUUUUAGAUACCAUUACAAUUCUGAGCGAGAACCCCUCCCGAGAAGAAGAGAAAAAAACUUCGUCAAACCAACCAAUCUGAAGGAGACGAGUUACCCUCCACCCCUAGGCAAUCGAGAAGGGCGGGAGAAGUCCCUCACCCCACCCCCAUCCCACCAAGACUUCCUGCUUCCCCGGCUGCACAGUAUACACUAGCCGAUCCCCCUAAGUUUUCCUUCCCGCGCACCGUAGGAAUUAGCCAAUCCCCUUAAGCUUCCCUUCCCGCCGUCCCUGCUAGACAGGAUAAAAGAGACUCGCCACUUUCUCUCGGGGCUCCUUCACCAUUGUGUGAAGAGGGUCCCUGCUCCAGCUUGUAAUACAGUUCCUCACUGCUUUUGCAUCCAUGCGCGGCUCCUGUCGUGUUUGGAGGAAUUCCGCAAUCCGGGUACAAUAUAUGGGGUCUCGUCCGGGAUCCCCCGAGCCCUUCAGGACCCGCGCUUCGGAGGACGAACGGCCGCUUAUCUCAGUAAUCUAUCUUUGGAUGACGAUCAGAUGCCUGAUGACCUGCAAGCAGGACUGAAAAAAGACAAUUUAAGAGACUGUCUCCAACCUGGAUAAGAGGACUUUUUAUCAGCAGUUGCAGGUUAAACAGCUGCAUGGAUGCCUUUGAAGGUAUUUUCUCAAGAUGCAGAUGUGAGUUUGCGACGUAAUAUCCCCAGAGAAGACGCAGAGCAGGAGGAAGAAGAGGAGGAAAUGGCAGCUUCUCAGGGGCUGCUGACAUUCCAGGAUGUGACCGUAGAUUUCACUCAAGAGGAGUGGGAAUGCCUGGACCUCGCUCAGAGGGAAUUGUACAGGGACGUGAUGUUAGAGAACUACGGGAAUCUGGCCUGCUUGGGUCUUGUGGUCUCUAAGCCGGAGCUGGUCACGUUUCUGGAGCAAAUGAAGGAUGCCUGGGAUGUAAGGAGAAUGGAGACAGCCAUACACCCAGGUAUGAAACCUUAUAAAUGUACAGCAUGUGGCAAGGCUUUUAAGCAGAGUUCAACUUUAAUUCAACAUCAGCGAAUCCACACUGGGGAGAGACCUUAUAAAUGUACACACUGUGGCAAAGCCUUUAUCAAUUAUUCAUUUCUUACUCGACAUGAACGAAUCCAUACUGGGGAGAGACCUUAUAAGUGUACAGCAUGUGGCAAGGCUUUUAAUCAGAUUUCAACUUUAACUCGACAUCAGAGAAUCCAUACUGGGGAGAGACCUUAUAAAUGUUCAGCAUGUGGCAAGGCUUUUAAGCAGCGUUCAGGUUUAACUGAACAUCAGCGAAUCCAUACCGGGGAGAGACCUUAUAAAUGUACAGCAUGUGGCAAAGUCUUUAUCCGUUAUUAUUUUCUUACUCGACAUCAGCGAAUCCAUACUGGGGAGAGACCUUAUGAAUGUACAGCAUGUGGCAAGGCUUUUAAGCAGAGUUCAACUUUAACUCAACAUCAGCGAAUCUAUACCGGGGAAAGACCUUAUAAAUGUACAGAAUGUGGCAAAGCCUUUAUCCGUUAUUAUUUUCUUACUCAACAUCAGCGAAUCCAUACUGGGGAGAGACCUUAUAAGUGUACAGCGUGUGGCAUGGCUUUUAAGGAGAUUUCAGCUUUAACUCAACAUCAGCGAAUCCAUACUGGGGAGAGACCUUAUAAAUGUACAGCAUGUGGCAAGGCUUUUAAGCAGAGUUCAACUUUAACUGAACAUCAGCGAAUCCAUACUGGGGAGAGACCUUAUAAAUGUACAGCAUGUGACAAGGCUUUUAAGCAAAGUUCAGGUUUAACUGAACAUCAGCGAAUCCAUUCUGGGGAGAGACCUUUUAAAUGUACAGAAUGUGACAAAGCCUUUAUCAAUUUUUCAGUUCUUACUCAACAUCAGCGAAUCCAUACUGGGGAGAGACCUUAUAAAUGUACAGCGUGUGGCAAGGCUUUUAAGCAGCAUUCAGCUUUAAAUAAACAUCAGCGAAUCCAUACUGGGGAGAAACCUUAUAAAUGUACAGACUGUGGCAAAGCCUUUUCCCAGAGUUCAAGUCUUUCUCGACAUCAGAGAGUUCAUGCUGCAGAGAAAUGUUAGAAAUGUAAGGAAUGUGGCAAAGGAU